AUGAGCGACUUUGGAAAAUUUGCUAAAACACAUGGCCCAAAGCUGGUGCCUUUUCUCGUGACUCUUAUUCUGUACUUCUCGCUGGUGCGGAAGGAUCCCCAAGGAGAACUAUGGACCACAGUGGUCAAAUGUUUACCGAUCGUGGCUCUGAUGUUCUAUAUUGUGGCCAAGGGGUUUUCGCUCAAAAAAGGAUACCGUCGCUCCCUUUGGAUACUUCUAGGAUUGAUCUUCUCCUGCGGCGGUGAUGCUCUGCUGAAUAUCAACCUUUUCCCCUUCGGCAUGAUAUCCUUUGGGGUGGCCCACGUCUUCUAUAUUAGCGCUUUUGGUUGGAAACCAAUCAAGUGGCUAAUUGGAUUGGUUCUCUAUGUGGCCGUUACACUUUUUGUAUAUUUUGUCCAUAACAAACUGGAUGAGAUCCUCAUAAUUGGAGUGCCCAUUUAUUGUUACCUGAUUACCACCAUGUUGUGGCGAUCUCUGGCCAGAGCUGUGGAUGUCAAGAGCUUCUUGGCCAUUUUUUGUGCCGUUGGAGCCAUUCUUUUUGUGAUUUCCGAUGCUUUGAUCGCAGUCACCAUGUUUGUGGGCGUGCCCCUGCCCUGUGCCCGCCUCCAGAUCAUGAUCACCUACUAUGCCGCCCAGUUCGCCAUUGCGCUAAGCACGGCGGACGAAGGACCCUCAAAGGACCAGACUCGUUCUUUUCGCAAGAAAAUCAAGUAAAGCCAAAGACCUUCAAUGCUCAGCAGUAGAAAUCGCAUAAAUUACAUGAACGCAACCACCAAAAUUAGUACUUCCAUAAUGUCUAGGUUAAUGCCAGUUAUGUGUGUUUGUUUCCGCAUCCAAGUAGACUAGUGUAAUUCAAGAUUUCUUAUGUAUAUGUUGAUGGAUGCGGAGACGAUUUUCUUAGAGUUUAGUAGAUGUUUGUUGAAUUAAAAUAAACAAAAAAUUAUACCAAGUUAUAGUU